GAAAAAUGUUAUCCAUUUUUUUGCCACUCGCACCAGGACCUACGCCAAAAAGACUCGUUAAGCCCAGCCUCUAUCCUCGCGCGUCUGCAGUCCUAGCAUGACCACUCCUAAUCCUACUCGGCAGCUGAAUUGGAAAACCGACACCGUCGAGCUUGAAAAGUCCCUUGCGUUCAUUGACUGGGAGGCCCUCGAACAGUAUGCAGGCAAGGCUCGACGGGAACUUGAGGGGGCUGAUUGUUCAUGCCGGCUUUCUCUCGAAUACAACGUGGGCGGGUUGCACGUUGUGAGGCGGGUCGUCUUCAACGACGGCUACCAAUGGCUGGCCAGGCUUCAGUUCGAGCCACCGACGCCAGAGCCCUGCCAACGUCUGCGGAACGAAGUUGGUACCAUGGCGGCCGUCAGAUCGCGAUCCAACAUUCCCGUCCCACGUGUUUUUGCCUACGACGUGAGCGAGGCCAGCGGCGUCGGCGCUGCCCUCAUGCUGAUGGAGUUCAUUCCCGGUGACACGGCUAUGGAUUCUUUUGUCGGUUGGGACAAGUUCUACGCCGCCCUGGCCGAUAUCCAGGUCGAGAUGGCGGUGGUGCCCUUCCCCAAAAUCGGGACAAUCCCGGUUCGCCCGUUCCAUAUCGUCAAGCCGCCCGGCAUCGAUAUUACGAUUAACGAUGGUAUCUGGGCCGACCUGCAUGGUCCGCAGGCAACGCCCGCGUCCAAUGAUUACAAGCCAGAAAGGACCAAUGAGGAUUAA